UCCUGGCCGUGAACCACGUGUCUCUGGAGGACAUCCUCCAUGAAGAUGCCGUGGUGGCGCUGAAGAACACGGGCGAGGUGGUGUACCUGAAGGUGGCGGCACCCACCACGCAGUACAUGCACCCAGCAGACCGCUACAGCCCCCCCGACCUCACCAGCUCCUACAUGGAGCCGGACUACAUGUGCGAUUACCCACAAGCCCUCGGUCCUCCGUCUCCACGGCGAUACUCCCCUAUCCCCCGCGGCAUGAUGGGAGAGGACGAUUACUCCCGGGAGCCGCGGCGCGUCUGCGUCCAGCGUGGCUCCACCGGGCUGGGAUUCAACAUCGUCGGAGGAGAAGACGGCGAAGGAAUCUUCAUCUCCUUCAUCCUCGCCGGGGGACCGGCAGACCUCAGCGGGGAGCUGCGCAAGGGGGACCAGAUCCUCAGCGUUAAUGGUGUGGAUCUCCGGUAUGCGACACAUGAACAGGCGGCAGCAGCUCUGAAGAACGCCGGACAGAUGGUGACCAUCGUGGCUCAGUACAGACCUGAAGAGUACAGUCGCUUCGAAGCAAAGAUCCACGACCUGAGAGAGCAGAUGAUGAACAACUCGUCUGGAAGUCUGAGAGCCAACCGCAGCUUCUACCUCAGGGCGCUGUUUGACUACGAUAAGCAGUGGGACUGUGGCGUCCUCUCACAGGCUCUGGACUUUAACUUUGGCGAGGUUCUUCAUGUGAUGGACAGCAGCGACGACGAGUGGUGGCAGGCCAGACGGGUGAACCAGCAGGGCGAGAUGGAGGAACUGGGAUACAUCCCGUCCAAACACAGAGUGGAGAGGAAAGAGUGGUCACGCAUGAAGGGGAAAGGUCGAGAAGGGUUCGUUCACAGCUAUGAGCUCGUCACUCAGAUUGAAGUGGACUACGCUCGUCCUGUCAUCAUCCUGGGACCGACCAAAGACCGAGUCAACGACGACCUGCUGUCUGACUUCCCGGACAAGUUCGGCUCCUGCGUGCCUCACACGACUCGCCCUCAGAGGGACUACGAGGCCGACGGGCGGGACUACCACUUUGUGUCGUCACGGGAACAGAUGGAGCGGGACAUCCAGUCGCACCGCUUCAUCGAGGCGGGGCAGUACAACAACCACCUGUACGGGACGUCGGUGCAGAGCGUCCGACAGGUGGCCGAGCAGGGGAAGCACUGCAUCCUGGACGUGUCGGCCAAUGCUGUGAGGAGGCUGCAGGCCGCUCAGCUUCAACCCAUCGCCAUCUUCAUCCGACCACGAUCCCUGGAGAACAUCCUGGAUCUGAAUAAGCGUCUGUCGGAGGAUCAGGCGAGGAAAGCUCUGGACCGAGCCAUCAAACUGGAACAAGACUUCCUCGAGUGUUUCACGGCCAUCGUGCAUGGCGACAGCUUCGAGGAGGUCUACCAUCUGGUCAAAGCCGUCAUAGAGGAGCAGAGUGGCCCGUACAUCUGGGUUCCCGCUCGCGACAGGCUCUGAUUGGACGCACUGCCAACGACGGGUGCCGUCUCCAUGGAGACUGCCGUCGUGACCUGACGGUUUCUUAUUUUUCUUUCUACGGGGUGAAGACGAGCAACGUGGUGAUUGGACGGAUGCUGUCGAACUAAGAAAGAUGUUUUGAUGAUUGAUCAGUGAAUAAUGAAUCAGGACUGUAGAGUUCAGUUGGUAUUGAAGUAUUUAUAAUAUCCUAUUUAUUUAUUUAUUUAUCUAUUUAUUUAUUUAUUUACGUGAUGUGAAAAUGGUGUGUGUGUGCUUGAGUGUGUGUGCGUGUGUUUGUGUGUAGUGUACAUAAAGACUUGUGUGACUGUAAAUAAAACGAUGGGGCUCAAACA